AUGUCAUAUCCGCAGCUGGGAUAUCAUUACUCGUCUGCACCCCAGUUCCUAAUGGCCACCAAUUCUUUGACGACUUGCUACGAAUCAAGUGGCAGAACUCUUGCGGACACCGGGGUAGUUGCCUCGUCCCAAACGCCGGUGUAUUGUCCUGUUUACGAGAGUCGUCUACUCGCAACCGCCAGACACGAGCUGAACCCUGCAGCCACUAUGGGCGUCUAUGGGAAUCCGUACCCCAGCAGCCAGUGCUAUGGAAACUAUGUUACCUAUGGCGCCGACGCAUCUGCUUUUUAUUCCCUGAGUGCAUUUGACACGAAGGAUGGAACAGCGCCUGCGCAUGCGGGGAUCACACAAUCUACGGCUUACUAUCCCUAUGAAGCUACCUUGGGGCAAUAUCAGUAUGACAGAUACGGGUCUAUGGAUGGAGGAACACGGAGAAAAAACGCCACCCGCGAAACAACAAGUACUUUAAAAGCCUGGCUGCAGGAGCACAAGAAAAACCCCUAUCCCACCAAAGGAGAAAAAAUCAUGCUGGCUAUCAUCACUAAGAUGACCCUCACGCAGGUCUCCACCUGGUUCGCCAAUGCCAGACGGAGACUCAAAAAGGAGAACAAGAUGACGUGGCCUCCGCGCACCAAAAGUUCUGAAGAGAAGAGUUAUGACGACGCGGACGAAGAGGGUUCUGAAGAACAACCAAUUAAAAGCGAAAUGAAAGACCAUGAUGACCGAUGUAAGAAAGACAAAGAUCCGCAGUUAAGUGAUCUAGAGGAUAUCGAUUCGAUUGAGUCGGAGAGCUCUGAAUGCGAUCUGAAGUCACGCUUUCAUAUGAACACCCAUAUGUGGACGGCGGAUUGUCGGAAUGACCACUCCAAAGAAACACCUUUGAAUAUUUCCGUGCCAGUUUCUCUUGGAUGUGACGAGGAGUUGUCCAAGAGCUGCCUGAGAGCGGCUCCGGAGGAUUGUGAACACAGUGGGACCAAGGGCAGGCCAGCAAAAGCCUUCUACCAACAAGGUCACCAAAUAUCAGAAAACAAACCAAAAAUAUGGUCGCUUGCGCAAACCGCUACGUCUUUGAACCAAGCCGAGUAUCCUUCGUGCAUGCACAAAAGUCAGCUGACUGUACCCGCCUCUCCAGGUUUUUCGUCUCCUGUGGUGACGGACAGACAACAGGACUCACCCGUUGCUACCCUUCGAAACUGGGUGGACGGGGUUUUCCACGACCCCCUCUUUCGACACAACACUUUGAAUCAGGCACUGGCCAACACUACCGUGCCUUGGGCCGCGACCAAAGGUGCCAUACUGGAGACAAGUGCCCUUGGGCGUUCAGUUGGAAACAGCGGAAUCAAGGAGCACAUAACUAAUUUACAGCAUAAAGACUCAGAGAAAGACAACAUGGCAUUCCCUAAAACGGGAAACAAAACGUUCUGCUCUUAA